ACUUCAUGAUAUUUUAAAAACACUGCUGUUGAUCCGUCAUAGACCAUGCCGCCCGUACGCAAUCCCAUCCUCCCCGGCUUCAACCCGGAUCCGUCCAUCAUCCGGGUGGGAGAUGACUAUUAUAUCGCCACCUCUACCUUCGAGUGGUAUCCUGGGGUGCAAAUCCACCAUUCAAGAGACUUGGCUAAUUGGGAGCUUGUUGUGCGACCACUGAAUCGGAAGAGUCAGCUUGACCUGCGAGGUGUCCCCGACAGCUGUGGUGUAUGGGCGCCGUGUCUCUCCUACGAUGGCGAUAGGUUCUGGUUGGUGUAUACUUAUAUGACCCGUAAGGAUGGCUCUUUCAAGGAUUCCCAUAAUUAUAUUGUGAACGCGCCAUCGAUCCAAGGGCCGUGGUCUGAGCCCGUGUACGCAAAUUCAUCCGGCUUCGACCCUUCCCUAUUCCAUGAUGAUGACGGCCGUAAAUGGUUCGUCAAUAUGCUGUGGGAUCAUCGAGGUCGUUCGCGCAACUUCGCCGGGAUCGCUUUGCAGGAAUUCGACUACAAGGCAGGCAAGCUUGUCGGGCCACGAAAGAACAUCUUUCAAGGAACAGAGCUGGACCUGGUAGAAGGGCCUCAUCUGUAUAGACGUCAUGGCUGGUAUUAUCUUUUGACGGCCGAGGGAGGUACCGGCUAUGAUCAUGCCUGCACCCUCGCCAGGUCGCGCGACAUCUGGGGACCGUACGAAAUCCAUCCCCAGAAGCACAUCGUUACGUCCAAGGACACCCCAUUUACCGCGUUGCAACGGGCGGGUCACGGAGAUAUAGUCGAGUCUCCGGAAGGGAAGUGCUAUCUUGUGCAUUUAACAGGCCGUCCAGUCGGCCAGAACCGGCGGUGUGUGCUGGGGCGAGAAACGGCCAUUCAAGAAGCCUACUGGGGCGAGGAUGAUUGGCUUUACAUCAAGAACGGACCUGCACCCUCUUUGCAUGUGGAUCUGCCCGCUGCUCGCGAUGAUACCAAUUACUGGGCGCAGCAGCAUUAUACUUUCGAAAACAGCCUCCACAAGGACUUUCAGUGGCUACGCACCCCAGAAACAGACCGGAUCUUCGUUGUCUCCGAAGGAAAACUCAUCCUUACCGGGCGAGAAUCGAUCGGGUCCUGGUUCGAGCAGGCCUUAAUCGCCCGUCGACAGACGCAUUUCUCCUUCGAUGCGGAAACCACGGUGGAGUUUUCUCCCGCCGAUGAGCGGCAAUUUGCAGGCCUUGUGGUGUACUAUUGUCGAUAUAACUUCUUCUACUUGACAGUCACAGCGCAGUCCGAUGGGCAGCGAGAAAUCAACAUCAUGAGCUCGGAGGCCUCUUACCCUGAAGGAAAGCUGCAGAUGCCCGCGCCAGAACACAUUUCAAUUCCCAACGGUGGAAGAGUCCGACUGGCCGCGAGCAUCCGCGGAGGACUGACUCUGCAGUUCUUUUACGCCCUUGAGGGCCAAGAACUCCAGAAGGUUGGGCCGGUCUUUGAUGCUUCGAUAGUAUCAGAUGAAUGUGGAGGACAUCAAAGCCACGGAAGUUUCACCGGUGCAUUUGUGGGGGUGGCCUGUUCGGAUCUCAAUGGAACCGCCAUACAGGCCAAGUUUGACUCUUUUACAUACCGGCCGGUCGAAGAUGCGGCCGAUCGAUACGAGAUCACAACGACGCAUUGAGCUUAUACAUACCGAGUAGCCAGUCCUUCCUCCACCACACGCUUCCUGCGCCCACGUUCCCUUGAUCCAUGCACCAUAGUUAGUUAGAAAUUUCCCGCGUAGUCAUCCGUAGGAAUAGAUUAAAAACGACUCGAGAGUAAUACGGAGUACAUCCAGAAGCCCCUCUCCUUGCCCAAUAACUCGAGCUCAUGAGCCACGUGUAGCACCUCUACAGGAACGAAUAGGA